AAAGUCUGCACUUUCUCCACACUCCCUGAUCUGCUCAGCCUGGUCUCAGUCUAACACCACACCCCCUGCAGCUGUGGGCUGAACCAGGAAGUCACUCCCACUCUCUCUGUCACGCAGUUUCAGAGAAACGAAACUUAUCUCUGUCUCUGUCAGUGUGAGCAGUAAAAUGGCUGAAGGUGGAGGUUUACUGGAUCAGGACCAGUUCAGCUGUGCGAUCUGCCUGGAUCUGCUGAAGGAUCCGGUGGCUAUUCACUGUGGACACAGUUUCUGUAUGGGCUGUAUUCAGGGCUGCUGGGAUCAGAAUGAUCAUACUGGUGUCUACAGCUGUCCCCAUUGCAGAGAGACUUUCACUCCAAGGCCCGCUUUGAGAAAAAACACUAUACUGGCUGAAGUGGUGGAGAAACUGAAGAAGACAGGACUCCAAGCUGCUCCUCCUGCUCACUGUUACGCUGGACCUGGAGAUGUGGCGUGUGAUGUCUGCACUGGGAGAAAGCGCAAAGCCGUCAAGUCCUGUCUGGUGUGUCUGGCCUCUUACUGUGAAACUCACCUCAAACUUCACGAUGCACUCCACCCAGGAAAGAGACAUAAGCUGAUCGAUGCUUCUGGAAACCUGCAGGAGAAGAUCUGCUCUCACCAUGACAAACUGCUGGAGGUUUACUGCCAGACAGAUCAGCAGUGUAUCUGUUAUCUGUGUACGAUGGAUAAACACAGCGGGCAUAAAACAGUUUCAGCUGCAGCAGAAAGGACUGAGAAACAGAAGCAGCUGGGGGUGACACAGAGUAAAUUCCAGAAGAGAAUCCAGGAGAGAGAGAAGGAGCUGCAGGAUCUGAGACAGGCUAUGCAGUCACUCAAGCGCUCUGCACAGGCAGCAGAGGAGGACAGUGAGAGGAUCUUUACUGAGCUGAUCUGCUCCAUUGAGAGAAGGCGCUCUGAGGUGAAAGAGCUGAUCAGAGAUCAGGAGAAGGCUGCAGUGAGUCGGGCUGAAAGACUCCUGGAGAGACUGGAGCAGGAGAUUGCUGAGAUGAGGAGGAGAGACGCUGAGAUGGAGCAGCUUUCACACACAGAGGAUCACAUCCAUUUCCUCCAGAGCUGUCAGUCUCUGUGUGCCCCUCCUGGACCUGGAAACAUACCCAGCAUCACUGUCAGGCCACACGUCUCUUUUGAGACUCUGAAGAAAUCUUUCUCUGAACUGAAAGAGCAGCUGGAGGACAUCUUCAAGGUGGAACUGGUCAAAAUAUCUAAAUCAGUGAAAGAAGUCUAUACUGUAGAGCCCAGCACCAGGGAGGAUUUCUUACAGUAUUCCUGUCAGCUCACUCUGGACCCCAACACAGUGAAUCAACACCUCUGUCUGUCUGAGGGGAACAGAGAGGUGACCCAUGUGGCACAGAUCCAGUUAUAUCCUGCUCAUCCAGAGAGAUUUGAGUGCUUGCAGAACAAUUCAUAUCCCCUGACAUGGAAUCCAAAUACUGGAUCAUACAUAGAACCCUAUUCAUAUCCAGGUUUUAACAUCUACCAAAUUAUCGGGAAUCAGAAGCAGUUACAAAUGGAGAGAUUAAAAAUGUAUGCCCAAGUGCUGUGCAGAGAGGGUCUGUCUGCACGCUGUUACUGGGAGGCUGAGUGGAGCAGGACUGGGGAGGUUUCUAUAGCAGUGUCAUAUAAAGAGAUCAUCAGGAAAGGGCAGGGUGAUGAGGGCAUAAUGGGAAAUAAUGACAAGUCCUGGAGUUUGCGCUUCUCUAACAGCAAUGGCUCUUUCUGGUACAAUAAUGUGAGCACUGGAAUCCCUGUUCCCCCCUCCUCCAGAAUAGGGGUGUACCUGGAUCACAGGGCAGGAACUCUGUCCUUCUACAGCGUCUCUGACACAAUGACCCUCCUGCACAGAGUCCAGACCACAUUCACUCAGCCCCUCUAUCCUGGGUUUUGGGUUUGGGAAGUUGGAUCUUCAGUAAAACUGUGUGAUCUGGAAAGAGAGAAAGGGAAGAUCAGCUGUAAUUAGAA